CCUGACAAAGUUGGUGGAGGCAUCCUUCAAUAAUAUGAAAUGCCUCUAACGCCUCGACAUCUCAGGUGCCUGCAACCUCAGCCGGCUCUCACUCAACGGUUGCCGCUCUCUAGUGACACUUGUCAUGCCCGAUAAACUUUCAAAACUUGAGGCACUUGAUCUUUCAGGCAUGAAAUUGGAAGAGCUCCCGCAUGAAAUUUUCAAUCUGACUAGCAUGCGGUGCCUGGACCUGUUGGGAAUGGAGCAUCUCAAGACGGUUGAUUGGAGAAAGAUAGUACGGCUUCCAGAAAAUUUGAAUUGGGAUCGAUGCGGCUUGGACUUACUCCAUGAACAGCUACAAGACAGAAGCAUACGUCGCAUCUCGGUCAGUGAUGCAAGUGUUUUUGAGUCUUUGCACCAAAGCUCGAAACUGUGGAAAUCCUGCUUUCUAAAAUUUCAUUUCUUGGUCUGUCCCUGCGAAGGAGGCCGCAAGGAUAUAUGUGCUCAUUUUAAAAGAAAGCGAUUUAUCUAUCAGCGUAUUUAUACUCGAUUUGAGCAGUCUUUGAGUUAUGAAAGACGACUGGAGGUUUGCGGUGGUAAGAAUUCCCUAGAAGGUGUUAGAGGGGUUCUCUCGGUGACAAAAUUCUUUCAUUUGUAUGGCAAUGUGUUCGUUAAGGCAUUGUCCAAUCUUGGCAUGAAGAUGGACCACCUUAGAGAAUGCUGGAUUGAGAAAUGCCAUCAAUUGGAGUAUCUGUUCGUUGGACGAAUGGCAAACAUUGAUGUGGCAGUUUAUUUAGAAAAUCUAAGGGUGUUCGAUCUUGCCAAAUUAAUAACAGUGUGCCGGGGGAAGUUGGGAAGAGGGAGCUUUACAUGGCUAAAGCAUGUAUAUUUGGAAUGUUGUCCGAAACUAAUCAAUUUCUUCUCUUCGAGCAUUCGGUUACAGAAUCUCGAACUACUUGAAAUAAAAUUCUGUUCUAGACUAGAGAGAGUCUUUGAAGAAGACAGCGAGGUAGGGCAAAAUGCAUUUCCACAUCUAGUUAAUUUAUGUCUUUGGGAGCUACGCAAACUGAAAAGCAUUUGCUGUGGUCACUUGCCGAUGCUGAAGAAGUUGAAGAUUCGAGGAUGCCCACUGCUGGAGAAGCUUCCUCUCGAUAACACAAAUGCUUCUGCAACAGAAGUUGAGAUCCAAGGUGAGCUGAAAUGGUGGGAAAACAUAAAAUGGGAGGGCAGUAUCAAGCCAAGCUACAUCCGUUUCAAAGACUGCUGUCUAUCAAAAAUAUAUCCUGCAGAGGUGAUGGUAGACGAUGAUGAUGGACGGCUUAGGAGAAGAGGAGAGAUUGUGAACGCAGGACAUAAGAGGAGGCAAAUACCAGAAAGGGAUCGUCCAGAGGGGAUGGCAGCUUCCAGGGAUGGUGAUGAUCGACAGCUCAGACAAGGAGAGGUUGCAAGUGCUUGGUCACGACGCAUGAGGCAACAGAUAUGGGACUGCUUGAGAGAUGACAAGAUUUCAGUGUUCUCAGUUUGGGGAUGGGAGGGAGUGGGGAAGAUGAGGAACAUCCGAACAUGA